UCGGUGUCUUAAGUGCGUGGCAGUUGUAAAGGUGUACUGAUAGUUGCGGGAAACUAGUCAACCAACGCCUGUAACUUGUAUUUCCACUGGGUUUUUGCGGUAGCCACGCACAACCACUCCACGUGCUGGGUUGCCCGGAGCAACCGGCGAUGGAACAACAUUCCAUGCAUCAACAAGCCACAAUUGACAACUGGAGCGACCAAACAGCAGCUCUGAGGCUGGAAGGUCCACAUCAACAUUCCCCCCGAUCCAGCUUCUUUUGUGCUUCUUUCCCUCAUUCUAGUGACGAUAUCUUCUUAGGUCGGGGACUAUACGCCUGGUAGGGGGUUUCGAUAUCCGACUUCGACCCCUUAUUGACCCUACCUGUCGCCAACGUUGAGCGCCGUGGAACUACAUAAUGGCUGGUUCGAGCGGCGCGUCAUCGAUCUCGGUGACGGUCAGAGUCCGGCCGUUUACGAUUCGAGAGGCUGCACAGCUUGCAAAAUGCGACGAUGGACCACUGUUUCUUGGGGACGGCUCCCUAGCUGGCGUUCCCACCCCGAAACUCACCCAGAAAGGCAUCAGACCUGUGGUCAAAGUCAUCGACGAUAAGUGCCUUGUCUUCGACCCACCUGAAGACAACCCCGUCCACAAAUUCUCCAAGAGCGUCAUCCCCAACGGAAAGCGUGUCAAGGAUCAGACAUUCUGCUUUGACCGCAUCUUCGACGAGAACGCGUCCCAGGGCGAAGUGUAUGAAGCUACCAGUCGAAGCCUCCUCGAUAGUGUACUUGACGGAUACAAUGCCACCGUUUUCGCCUAUGGAGCAACGGGAUGCGGAAAGACGCACACUAUCACUGGAACCGCCCAGCAGCCAGGAAUCAUCUUCCUCACCAUGCAGGAGCUCUUCGAACGUAUACAGGAGAGAUCGGAAGAGAAGGUGACAGAGGUUUCCCUGUCAUAUCUCGAGAUAUACAACGAAACCAUCCGUGACUUGCUGGUUCCGGGAGGCAGUAAAGGCGGACUUAUGUUGCGUGAAGAUGCCAAUCAAUCUGUCUCUGUGGCGGGACUAUCAAGUCACCACCCGCAAAACGUGCAGGAAGUCAUGGACAUGAUAAUGAAGGGCAACGAAUGUCGAACCAUGUCUCCAACCGAGGCGAACGCAACUUCUUCCAGAUCUCAUGCCGUUCUCCAGAUUAAUGUCGCCCAGAAAGACCGCAAUGCAGAUGUCAAUGAACCGCACACGAUGGCUACCCUCAGUAUUAUUGAUCUUGCAGGGAGUGAGAGAGCUAGUGCCACUAAGAAUCGUGGAGAGAGGCUCUUAGAAGGUGCAAAUAUCAACAAGUCACUGCUAGCUCUCGGCAGCUGCAUCAACGCCCUUUGUGACCCACGGAAGAGAAACCAUGUUCCCUACCGAAACUCGAAACUCACUCGUCUGCUGAAAUUUUCUCUGGGAGGAAACUGCAGGACGGUGAUGAUUGUUUGCAUUAGCCCCUCCAGCCAGCAUUUCGACGAAACACAAAACACUCUACGAUACGCGAACCGCGCAAAGAAUAUUCAAACGAAGGUUACGAGGAACGUGUACAACGUGAAUCGACACGUGAAAGACUUCCUUGUCAAGAUUGAUGAGCAGAUGGCUCUGAUAAAUGAGCUGAAGGCACAGCAAAAGGAUUACGAAUCGGUAGCUUUCGCCAAAUUUAGGAAGCAGAACGAAAAGAAAGAAGGUGUUAUGCGGGAAGGAAUCUCUCGCAUUCGGAAUGCGUAUGAGCAUUCGGCUUCUGAGAGACAGGAAAAGGCGAACAGCAUGCUUAAACUGAGACAGGUGUCCCGCAGGAUCGGCGUGCUGUCUUCUUGGAUAGCUGCUUUCGACGGGGUGUGUGCAAACUGCGAGCGCGAGGAAUCGAUGUCAAAUCUCCAAGCUAUUCGAAAGACGGCACAAGGUAUUCUUUUUGAGCUGGAAGGGAGCCGGCAGCAUUAUCACCAAAAGCUGGCAAAGAAUAACUGGGAGCGCGGUAUCAAUUCAGCGCUCGAGCAUGGCAUCAAGCUGCUUCAAGAAUUCGAGACCAGCGACAAUACCGACAUCGCGAACCUGAAGCGUGAAGUAGAGCUCUUGAAGUUCACUGCUGAGCGUGAGGCCCUCACUGCUAUUGCAGAACAGGAAAAGGCAGGAGACGUGGCGAUCGUCCAGAUGCUGCUCCAAGCUCAUUUCGAGACUAUUUCUUCAAUCGAGAACAUUAUGCAGCUCAGUGAAGAAGAGGCAGUUGAAGCAGGCAAAAAAAUCUUGAUGAAAAUGCUCAACUCAUGUUCAAGCGCAACGUCAAAUGUGGUGAAGCCUGACGAAAACUUGCCUCAGAUUGACUUGUCUUUCUCCCCUCCGAAACCAGCACCCGCACGCCGCAAGAAGCUCAGCCUAGCUGGACCCAAUCCAGUCCUGACACUGAACACGAAUACAGCAAUUGCACCUCCCUUGAUUUCUCCGACGAAGGGCUCACCACGUCGACGCAAGCUCGGCAUCGCCAGGAAGGGUGUCAGCUUUACACCGAAGAAAGCUCAGUCUAAGACGGCGAAGAGAAGCGUCCGAUGGAAAGAUGAUGAACAGGAUGGUUCUCUGGCCGAAUUCGAGAAGACGCCGCAGAAGGCGCAGCCAAAUCCUGAGGUCUCUUCUGACGACACAUCGCUGCUGAGAGCAUCUCCAAUACCACGUGCAUCCCCAGCACGAGGUAUCCCAAUUCCCACUCGCUUGGCCAGUCCGUCACUCGGUUCCUCGCCAAUUUCUACGCCACCAGAACCGACAUUGAACAUUCAGAAGAACAGCAGCAGAUUCACGACUGGUUUCCUCUCCAAAAAGUCCAGCAGCUCCCCAAUUCAGCCGCCAGUGGCAAGCCUCCCCUUGUCCGACAAUGAUGGCUCCCCACUCCGGGAUAUCGAAAACAGCAGUUUCUUCAACCGCUCUUCUCACCAUCGCUCUUCUCUCGACCGCCCCUCCAGGAUAGCGGUGCGAACUUCUAGCGGUAGUUACACCAGCAGUCCUAGUCGCGUCUCGGAUACGGAAGACAACUGGAAGACCACCAAAGCAGACGCAAUAACGAUCAGCGCUGCAAUGAGACGAAUUUCGAGUUCUCAUAUCGGUAGCACAAAUUCAGCCAACGUGAGCCGUGCGCACCGCCGUCGAAGCCCAACGGCGGCUUCAUUGGGCACCUCUCCUAAUGAGAACGCCAUGUUCACGGCCUCCCAGGCUCGCAGGAUGGUGAAGAGUGACAAAGAACAUGACGUCAAGCCCAGCGUGCUGGGACCUCGCACUGUCCCGAUCACAAAAAGCACCGGCCAAAGACGCACCACUCUCGGGGAUAUACGACCGAGAGAAGUCAGUCUGACAAGCAGGGAUGCCAUCAGAUUGAGCACAAUGGCGGCAGGGGGCACUGGCGGUUCUCGCAGCAGUCUCAUGCCAUCCGGCAAAGGCACUUGGAGAUAGAUAACUUGUCCAUUUGAUUUGGGGGUCUCUGGCGAACGUAGAUCAUGACAGGUGUUUAGGUUUCUUAUACCAACUUUGUUUUCAUUAUGACAUUGAAGGGUUAUUGGUUCAACCGGUCGGUUUGGAGUCAUGGUUUCAGGAACGAGAACGAAGGCAUUGGUGGGCUUGACGUGUUGAUGACACCCGGUCAGCAUUACUGUCUGUCCCCUCUAAUAAUAUUUUGUUGCCUAUAUUUUGUUCUUAUCCCUAUAGUUAACUUCUGCACUGUAAAAUAUCAAGUCUCCGUCCUGGGAUCAAGCAACCAGCAACCGACAAAAAUCACGUGCUCACUGCAGCUUCCUUCAAACAAAAAGGAGACAAUUUGAGUUGCAAAUUCUAUCUCCAUU